AUGCAGCAGUCUGAGCACUGCACCAAUGCUGACUGUCCAUCAAUUAAGUCUGAUAACUGCAGCAAUGCUGACUCUCCAUCAAUUAAGUCUGAUCACUGCACCAAUGCUGACUCUCCAUCAAUUAAGUCUGAUCACUGCACCAAUGCUGACUCUCCAUCAAUUAAGUCUGAUCACUGCAGCAAUGCUGACUCUCCUUCAAUUAAGUCUGAUCACUGCACCAAUGCUGACUCUCCAUCAAUUAAGUCUGAUCACUGCACCAAUGCUGACUCUCCAUCAAUUAAGUCUGAUCACUGCACCAAUGCUGACUAUCCAUCAAUUAAGUCUGAUCACUGCACCAAUGCUGACUGUCCAUCAAUUAAGUCUGAUCACUGCACCAAUGUUGACUGUCCAUCAAUUAAGUCCGAUCACUGCACCAAUGCUGACUCUCCAUCAAUUAAGUCUGAUCACUGCACCAAUGCUGACUCUCCAUCAAUUAAGUCCGAUCACUGCACCAAUGCUGACUCUCCAUCAAUUAAGUCUGAUCACUGCACCAAUGCUGACUCUCCAUCAAUUAAGUCUGAUCACUGCACCAAUGCUGACUGUCCAUCAAUUAAGUCCGAUCACUGCACCAAUGCUGACUCUCCAUCAAUUAAGUCCGAUCACUGCACCAAUGCUGACUGUCCAUCAAUUAAGUCCGAUCACUGCACCAAUGCUGACUCUCCAUCAAUUAAGUCUGAUCACUGCACCAAUGCUGACUGUCCAUCAGUUAAGUCUGAGCACUGCACCAAUGCUGACUGUCCAUCAAUUAAGUCCGAUCACUGCACCAAUGCUGACUGUCCAUCAAUUAAGUCUGAUCACUGCAUCAAUGCUGACUGUCCAUCUAUUAAGUCUGAUCACUGCACCAAUGCUGACUCUCCAUCAAUUAAGUCCGAUCACUGCACCAAUGCUGACUCUCCAUCAAUUAAGUCCCUGCUUUCAAUGUGUUUGCGAAAGAAGGGGGUGGUUUAA